AUGGCUUUCCUAGUGGCUGGAACUCUCCGAGUGGCCGCACAGACAGCAGACGCCCAGGAGAGCCUGGACAGAAAGGGGAGGUACAGCAUGCUGGGCCUUCGGGUGGCCCUGAUACUCAGCAGUCCAGGGUUGUCAGCUGCCACUGUUACCCUGGCGGGUGUGCUGCAGGCCCUGGGCUUUGAGAGUCUGCAGCAGAGGGGAGUUCCCGUUCAGGGUUUUCUGGAGGAGUUGACUCUCUUCAGAGAGCAGCUGGACACCCGUGGGGUGCCCAUAGGCUGUGCUCUGGUGGUCUUGGUGGCCCCACGAGGGCAGCUGAGGAGGCCCCAGAAGCUGAUCCGAGAGCUGAGUUGCUGUGAGGCCCUGCGUGGCCGCCCCAAGCUCUUCCUACUUCUCUCGAGUGCUCCGGGGGGUGAGUGGGUCCUGCAACUCCUUGCGGGGGACCCUAUGCCUGGGAGAUGUGCAGGCCUGGGGAUCAGAGGACCAGUCUUCAUCUUGCUGCAGCUGGAGCCUGCCCCCAGUGCACAGUACGACCUAUCUGGGGCCAAGGCUGCCCUCCUCCUGGCCACUAUUCAGGACAGGUCUGGGGCCCAGCAUGACGUGGAGGCACUGAGAAGUCUGUGCCAGACCCUGGGCUUUAAGACCACUGUGAGGACAGACCUUACAGCUCAGGCUUUCCAAGAGGAGCUGGCCCAGUUCCGGGGGCAACUGGACACCCAUAGAGUCCCCGUGAGCUGUGCCCUGGUGGCUCUGAUGGCCCAUGGUGGCCCAAAGGGCCAGUUGUUUGGGGCAGAUGGACAGGAGGUGCAGCCAAAGGCCCUGGUGCUGGAGCUGAGCCGUUGCUGGGCGCUGCAGGGCUGCCCCAAGAUCUUCCUGCUCCAGGCCUGCCGAGGGGGACACAGGGACUCUGGCAUGAGGCCAACUGCUCUCUCCUGGCUCUGGCGCUGGCUGAGUGCCCCUCCCGCUGCAACCAUCCCCUCCCAUGCCGAUGUCCUCCAGGUUUAUGCCAAUGUCCAAGGCAGCCACCCAGGGGGGCCCUCUCCAAGGAGCUCAAACAACGCAGAUAUCCUGAUGGUCUAUGCAGCAGCUGAAGGUUACGUGGCCUAUCGGGACGAGAAGGGCUCAGACUUUAUUCAGACGCUGGUGGAGGUCUUGGGAGCAAACCCUGGGGGAGACCUUUUGGAGCUGAUGACUGAGGUCAACAGGCGGGUGUGUGCGCUGGAUGUGCUGGGCCGAGACAGCGAGGAGCCCUACAAGGCCUGCCUGGAGAUCCGCAGCUCACUGCGGCGGCGCCUGUGCCUGCGGGCCUGA